AACGUCAGUUUGAAACGUCCGUUCAAAGAUAUUGUUACUGUGUUUUAUCAUACUGACCAAAACAUGUGAUUUUUCACAUAAACGGUACAAAAAGACUUGUUAUGAAUGAAUAAUUCGUUGUAUCGAAGUGUAGUUUUAGUUAUUGGUAAUUCGGUACUGAACCAGUGACCGAUUAUUGUUUAUUUUUACUACAGGUGUUGUUUAGGUUCGAAUUUGGUCAAAAAUGGUGGAUGUGUGUACCUGUGAAACAAUUUUAAACUUUUAGAGUUAGUGUACGUAGUGGGUUUUAGUGUUAGAUUCGUAAAUAUGCACGAGAAAAAUGGAAAUAGUAAUCCUCCAAAGCAAAAAACCGUGGCCAUUGUGGCGCCAACCAGAUCCAACAGCUUGGAUUAUUUGAAUUUUGAAGAAAAGCGUAGGUUAAUAGCUUCUUCCUUGUCUUUGUCCGAUUUUUUGGCUGUUGGAAAUACAGAUACCAAAGAUUUGAAGGAUGGUGUCACUACAGUUAUUGUGGCUAAAAAGCAAAAUGGAAGCGCCUUUCGGACGAACAGCCUGGGUAGCAGUACGAGAAGUCCGCCGGCAGAAAGGAAAAGCAAGUUUUCGAUAGGAAAAUUACUCAGGCCAUGGAAAUGGAAGCGGAAACGAAAAUCAGACAAGAUGGAAGCUGUCUCUAGAACAUUAGAAAGAAAAAUAUCAGUCCGAGCCAAUAGGGAUGAUUUAGUAAUGAAAGGAAUUCUUCUACCAGAAAGUCCGCUGACUCCACCUACUUCCGAGCCAGAUCCCAUGCUUCCUCCAUUCCCUCCGAGCGGCGCCCAGCAGGUACCGGGUGGCGGUGGCCAUAAUGCCUCGGCGGCCGGCAACGGAGGUGGAAUCCAUACGCCGCAGCUAAGCCACGGAGGCGCACUCGGUGCCGGUGGUAAUAUGAUUCCUUUACCACAACCACCUCCUUACCCCGUCCUACCACCGCCCCCCUCACACCUGCCGCCUAUGAAUCACGCCCUCCUGCAGCAGCAGCUGUUGCAGAAUCCACACUUUGCACAGGCCAGUGCCAACGCCAAUGCCAAUAGUAUUAGUAACACCGAGCCGAAAAAAGAAAAGACUGAUGGAGCGGCACACAACGGCGCUCUUUCUCCGAACGGAGAGACGCCCUUACAUGUCACUCAACCCCCCGGAAUGGAAAAUAUCGGUUCGAAGCCAGAACGGCCGAGCACUUUGGGACACGGGAAGCUUACCAGGAGGCUGUUGUGUUAUCAUAGCGAACACUUCGCCGACGGGCAAUCUGUUCCACCAGGCAGCACACCUCCGCCCCACGAGAAGCAUCUCCACAACAUCCCUCCUCCGCAUAUUCCGGUCGGAGUACCAGGGUUCAUGUUGUCCGAGCUGCCCGAACCGCCCAUUCCUGUUUCAGAAAUCGGACCGAUCCCACCUCCGCCGAUGUUUAGUUCGCCCAGUCCCAUUCCCAAUAGACUCUCGCCACCGCCCAACCAUCACAACUAUGACUACGAUGAAAAUGACGAAGAAGAGGAAGACGACGAUGUCGAUUACGAUGACGAUCAAUAUUUUAUACCACAACCGGACCCAUCAAUCGACACGAGCCGCAUUGACGAGAUCCCCGCGAAAGAACCAAAAUUCCACGCUAUGCCCCUCAAAUCGGCUCUAAAGAAGAAACCGAACAGCGGACCCGGAACACCGCAGAAUACUCCGACUCAAGAAAAUAGACCUCUAACGAUGAGGCAGCAAGAGUAUAACUCUAGUUUUAAAAGGUCGCAUCUGAGGCCUAGGAUUAGAAUAUGUAGCAACAAACCGGUCAGAUUUGGUUUGCCGACAGCCAUAGAGAACAAAGAAAACGCUCGUCCGUUCGUGAUCAGGGAAGACGAAAGCGAUAGCGAUUCCAACGAUGGUCCUAUCACUUACAGAGACGAUGAAUCGAUGACUGACGAAAAGAGAUUGGCUCUUAAGCUCGCAAGGAAAGAGAGUUUAUCGCUCAAACUGGCUCUCAGACCCGACAAACAGGAGCUCAUCAAUAGGAAUAUCCUUCAGAUACAAUCAGAUAAUGAGAGGCAGGAGGCCAAAGAGGCUAUAGGAGCUAGAUUGAUCAGAAGGCUGAGCAUGAGACCUACACAGGAAGAAUUGGAAGAGAGGAACAUUUUGAAAAAACAAAGUCCCGCCGAAGAAAAGAAACAGAAGGAAGAGAAGAAACGUUUUCUGUUAAGAAAACUAAGCUUCAGGCCAACCGUUGAAGAAUUGAAAGAGAAGAAGAUUAUCCGAUUCAAUGAUUAUAUUGAAGUGACUCAGGCACACGAUUACGACCGCAGAGCGGACAAACCUUGGACGAGACUAACUCCGAAGGACAAAGCGGCGAUCAGAAAAGAAUUGAACGAGUUCAAAAGCUCAGAAAUGUCGGUUCACGAAGAUAGUCGACAUUUGACGAGAUUCCAUAGGCCUUGACGAUUGCAAGGCAAACUAGAAGAAAAGAAAAUUACUGUGAUGGGCGUAGUUGUAGUAAUCUUUCCCAUAAUCGCUUACUAUUAAAGAAAAAAACAUAAAAUAAUAAAAUAAAAAAAGACUUAUGUUAGAACCAUCAAAACUUGAAACAUUGUGUAGUUGUUUUUGUACAUAAGUGAUUUUUUAUUACACAAAGUUUUUAUUAUUAAUUAAUUAUUAUGAUUAGUUAUCAAUUUUUGGUUAUAACUAUUAUUAUUAUACAUAGCGAUUGUAAAUUUUUUCUUCUUUGUUCUGUUUUAUGUUAAUUGAGUUAAAACAAACACAUCUUAUUGUACAUACAUAGUGCGAUUAUAUAUAUACAUAGUUAUUAAAACUGUUUUGAACGUAAACAUCACACCGAUUAGAUCGAUAACUGGCAACACUGAUAACUCACUGCUAUCUAGUACUGGUACGCAGAGGAAAUGGUUUCAUAUACUCAAUAUUUUCAGCAUUUUUAAAUACUUUUUGCAAAAGUGGAACGAGCUUUAGAUUUAAUCGUUUAAUUGGCCCGGGGGUUAAUUAUGUGUCAAUUUCGAAAAAAACUAUUUAUUUUGUAAUUUAUUGUCUCACUUUUAUGAUAUAUAAGAUUCUACAUUUUGUCGCUUAAUAAAUGCACUCUUAAAAUAUGCAAUAAACAUUUUUUUACUCAUUUUGAACAUCUUAUCAACUCAAAAUGGCGGAUAUCCUGUGACUCAUUCAAAAUUGUCUGCGACCAUGAUUUUGUACUAAGGAAUUAUCUGAAACGUACAAAAACAAGUUAUAUAAAGAAAUGACUGAAUGACAGCAUUUUAAAGACAUUUUUGAUUCGAUUUUUUUCCAUUUUUGACAGUUUGACGACCGAAAAAGAUAGAAAAAAUUAUAGCGUACUCAAAUGUGUGGCAAAAACUUGGUUAAAAUUUCAGAAGAAUCGGUCAAAUAGUUUUUGAGAAAUCGAGGUUUCCGUAUGUAAAAAAGUGAUUUUAAGAAAAACGUAUCACUUUUUUCCAUACGGCGACCACGAUUUCUCGAAAACUGUUUAACUGAUCCUCCUGAAAUUUUAACCAAGUAUUUAACACACAUUUGAGUAUCGAAUUAACUAAAAUAACUGUUAUAAUUUUAAUUUCUUUUACCUUUUUCGAUUGUCAAACUGCCAAAAACUGCAAAAAUAUUCUAAAAUUUUGUAUUUUAGAUUAACAAUCUUGACAAUCACAGGAAAUCUGCCGCUUUGGAUUCAUUAAAUGUUGAAAAUUAAUAAUUUUUUGCAUAUUUUAAAAGAGUGUAUUUAUUAAGCUAAAACAAUUUAGAACCUUAUAUAGGUACUAUAAAACUUUUUGUCGAACUUGACACAAUUGAAUUAAUAUUUUUAUUGCUAAUUUUUUGUGAUAUCAACUAUUUCCUGAUUUUAAACAUACUAUCUUAAUAUUCCUUAUUUUUGGGGUUAAAAAGUCGUCCUCUAGAAUGAUUCAUUUUUGAUAUAUUAUCUGAAAUGUGGCAACCAUUAUCAAAGGGAACUUUUUGAGCCCACUAAGUAAAAACCACAACACUUAGCACAAAAGACUUCUCAUCAUUGUAGCAUCGCUUUUGAUGUUUUGUCGCAGACAUGAAACGUCAGGAAGAAGUAUUUCCAGACCACGGUCUAUAAACUCUGAAAACAACAUAAAUUAUAAAACAUUGGUCGGGGGGGUACCCUAUGUACUCUUUGAGAAAGACCAGAACCCGAUAUUUUAUUUUGAGCAAAAACUUAUUGUGGAUAAUGUUUCACAGAAUUAAAAAAAUUUGAAGAGAAACCCUCUGCGUAAAAGAUUUUACGCAGAAGAUUUUUCUUCAAAUUUUUGUAAUUAAUGGUAUACAGCCAGCUCCAGGAAAUUUUUCCUUGUGGAUUUCACAGAAUUAUGUUCUGACAUGGAAGUAUACCCAUACAAGGUAUCUAAGAGGCUCAUUAAUAUUCAGCUCAGCGGGUUGCUAUUGUCGGAGGUGUGAAAUUACAUAAACAAGGGAUCAUUUCAUAAAACAGGUAGAUUUUUAAACAAGGUUGCUAAAUGAAACAUUAACGUGGUACCAGCCAUGUGACGUUGGUUCUAGAUGGGCACCGAACGUGUUAAAGUAGUCGAUGUACACCUUUUUGAAGAAAAAAAAUUAAACUUGGAUUUGUGAAUCAUGUUACUAUAUAUAUACUGUCAAAUCAAACCUUUGUAUUUAAUAUCCUUGAUUAAUCUACCUUAAUCUCAUGUCCUAGAUAUAGUCUAUAGUCAUGUUGAAUAUAUUUCCUUCUUUCUUCCUUUCUUCUUCUACUUACACUAUGUUCAAGUCAACCGUUCAUCUUCUUUAACAUUUAUUUACUAACUGCCUGUCGAAAUAUGUGUCUGCGUUGAGAAUUCCACACCAGAUCUAAAGUAAAAUAUUUUCCUCCAACCAAAUUGACAUAUGUGGUAUAAAAGAGAUUCCACUAUAGAUUCUGUAACCAGCAGUAUUAGUCCAAGAGGCAGCGCUGAAAAAUUUCUUUGAUUUUACUAAAGCUAGAUUUUUCACAGUUGAUUACCGUAAUUGCGUAGAGAAACAUACUGCGGUCGGUCAAGCGAAACGUAGAACAGGGGUUACUGAGAGGGUAUCAAAGUUGCUUUCCUACGAAGGUAAGUAAAUCCAAAAAUGAAUAACCAUUUUCAAUGGGACGUGAAUUGUAAAUUGUAGAAUUCCCUCAUCUUCCUUAGUCUCAGCAUCCGUAUGGCUUGCAUAUUGUAGAAGCCUCGGAGGUGUAACCAGAGAAGGUUUCCAUUGUUUUCAUUCUGGUGGGAUGUAGAAUAGCAUUAUGUUGUUUUAUAUGCCAUUAGAGUGAAAACUUAGUCGUAAGUAAAUCCAUGUACUAAGGCUUAAAAUCAGUACACACAUUCUAAAUUAAAUAUAAAUAAAAGUUAUUAUAGUCGGUCAGCUGUAUGACGGGACAGAGCCGGUCGGUCGGCCCCAGUGAAUGUACAGGGUUAUUCACUAUAUUUUGACCCCCUUGUAAACUGCUUUAUUUACAGAAUUAGAAAAAAUGUAAAAUACAAAAGUUAUUCGAUUUUUAAAUUAUGAUUUUUUGACAUAUAUAUCGUACUAGUGACGUCAUCCGUUUGGGCGUGAUUACGUAAUCGACUAUUUUUUUAAAUGGGAAUGGGGUCGAGUGCUAGCUCAUUUGAAAGGUUAUUCAAUUCCCUAUUCAGUAAUAUAAACAUUAACAUGAUUAAUUAUACAGGGUGCCCAAAAAUUUUUUUUUAAUUAAAUUAAUUGUUUAAUUAAUAAUUCAAACAUUUUUUUGGACACCCUGUAUAUAUAAUGAUCUUAAUGUUUGUAGUACUGUAUAGAGAAUUGAAUAACCUUUCAAAUGAGCUAGCACACGACCUCUAUUCUUAUUUAAAAAAUAGUCUAUUACGUCAUCACGCCCAGAUGGAUGACGUCACUAGUACGAUAUAUAUGUCAAAAAAUCAAAUAACUUUUGUAUUUUACAUUUUUUUCUAAUUCUGUAAAUAAAGCAGUUUACAAGGGGGUCAAAAUAUAGUGAAUAACCCUGUACAUUCAUUGGGGCCGACCGACCGGCUCUGUCCCGUCGUACAGCUGACCGACUAUAAUAACUUUUAUUUAUAUUCAAUUUAGAAUGUGUGUACUGAUUUUCAGACUUAGUAAAUUGAUUUAAUUACCUUCGUAGGAAAGCAACUUUGAUACCCUCUCAGUAACCCCUGUUGUACGUUUCGCUUGACCGACCGCAGUAUGUUUCUCUACACAAUCACAGUAAUCAACUAUAAAAAAUUUAGCUUUAGUAAAUUCAAAGAGAUUUUUCAGCGCUGCCUCUCCGUCUAUAUUCUUAAAUCAAAUUACUUGUACAGUGAUCAAAUAAUUAUGAAUUAGUAGAUUAUUUUGUGAAACUUUCUGAUUCUGGUUACAUUAUUCAAACCUGCUAAUGUACAGCAAUUAAAGCAGCUUGGUUUGUUCAACGGAGGUACUCUUAUAUGGGUCGAUUACACAGAGUAUGGGUACAGCACGACCAAAUUCACUUUGUAUUUGAGUUUUGGAUGCGCACUACUGUUAAUGUUCGGUUUUUCCAAACUUUUUGAAUUUUAUUUUGGUAACGUCUUGCCAAGUAAAAUACCUGCGCGGUAACAAAAUAAAAUUUAGCAAACGGGGAAAAAACCGAAGGUCAACAACAGUGCGCAUCCCAAGCUGAAAUACAAAGUGAGUUUGGUCGUGCUGUACACCUCUAUCUUACUUAAUACAAAGACUCUGAUCUAUCUUCUAGCCACACCAUGUGACAAACUUAACUUCUUUGGAUCAAAAUAAAAUUUUUAAAAAAUGUCGAUUCUAUAGUUUUGUGAGGCCGCUCUGUCCAUGCAGUCAUUAAUGCAACUGAAGCUGUAACAAGUAAAUAAAUUGAUAACGGAUUCUGAUUCAUUAUUAAAAGUUAUGGAAUGAUAAUGAUAAAUCUGGAAGUUUGCUAGUUGGGUUCCGAGAAAACUAGAGUCUAUGAAAUGGUAUAGAAUUUAAUUGUCUCUUAGUAUAUAGUCGAAGCACAUAUUUCUACUAACCUACUUCUGCAGAAAGCCUUUUCAUAUCCACAAACUUCUAUUAAAAUGAAUAUUGUUGCACCUAUCAACUGUCAUUAUUGUACAGACUACUCGUAUGUUUAAAGAUAUUAUUUAAAUAAAUACUUUAAUAAAUAUACCCAUUUUUGCAAAAAAAUCUGUAUCAGAAAUCAAAUGUAAUUGAUUAACCAAAAAUUUCCUCGAAAUCAAGAGUACUACUACUAGAACUGCCAAUACGAUCUUACCAAUUAUAAUAUAAGUGUUAGAAGUUGGUACCAACACCAAAUAAAAUUAAAUAAAGUAAAUACCAGAGACGCUAAUUUAGGCCCUUCGUCCACCGCCGCAACGCAACUACAACUGGACUGUGAUGCAUCUAUUGCCAAUGAAUCGCAUCGUUUGACUUUCGUCCACCAACGCAACUGAUUUGCAACCAGAUACGUUCAAGAUGUCGAGGAGUUCAGAUGACGAUGUCGUAGUAAUGGCCUGGUACACAGGAAAAAUUAAAAGGAAACGAAAUUGGUGGACUCAUCGUCAUCCUUAUAUAGCAAAUGAUAAAAAUAGACAAGCUUUUACAGGCCGCGAAGAAAUUGGAGACGGACGUGAAGAAGUUUCGUUUAUUUUACCGAAUCUCGAGACGACUCUUCACUGAACUAGUAAAAAUUGCUUCGGCCACACAUGGCAAAAAGGGAUACAAACUAUAGGAAAUAUUUCGGUGUAGAAGAAGAUUAUAUAGAUAAUCGUACAAGCAGGCAUGUUUUUCAAUUGCCUCUAUUAAUUUAAAGCACAAGUCUAGUUCCAUCAUUAUAAUAAUAUACAGGGUGUCCCCGAAAAUAGUGCGUUCCUUUAAGAUAUGGAUAUAAUACACAAUUUAGAACAAAAAAGUCUUAUAACAUUUUUUUCUAAAGUUAACCGUUUCCAAGAAAAAAAUUACAUUGUUCUCCAUAUAAGUGAAUUUUUAUUUUCAUAAAUUUGACUGACAUGGCAACGUAGCCUAGAAGAAGUUGCUGUGACGGUGGAAAUUUAACCUAAUAACCCUUUGCUUAUUUACUUUGAGGUGUGAUUUCUGGGGUUGUUGACAUCGUAGGUACCUAAAUGCAAAAUAAUGGAUAUGGGUUUGGUUGAUAUGUACAUUAUUUUACCUACCAGAUGCAACUGACCUACAAACUUACUUUUUUAUUCUUUAGAUUUUUGAGUUGCGCGUUGUUGCCAGACUUCAAUUUGCAUAUCAAAAUGUAUUUUCGUUUUUUGGUCAAACGGAUGAAUUUAGAAAAAAAUGUUAUAAGACUUUUUUGCUCUACAUUGUGCCUUCUACCUAUACCUUUAAGGAACGUACUAUUUUCGGGGACACUCUGUAUGUAGUUAAUAUUGCCACAAAAUAAUGCCUUCAAAAUCCACAAAAUGUGCAUGCAACCGUUGUAUGGCGACUGCCAUGCCAGUUGAAUGGCGAUCAGUUGCGAGUCAAUUCGUUUUACGUUGCUUUGAUGAGCGGACUUUGUACUAAAAGCACGUGUCCGACUCCUAGUUGACUGUGUAACAACAACAACGUAACUUUUUGCAGUAGAGUUGCAGUUGUGUUGCGGGGGUGGAGGAAGGGCCUUUCUUCUUGUAUUUUGUUAAUUUUUAUCAACAUUUUAUUAUACUUAUGGCGCCUACUGCCGAAAACCAAUUGUUCACAUGAAAUGAUCAAAAUUGGAAAUUCUAUAUAAAUCAUAAUUCUUAUUAAUUUCUGAUAUUUAAACAUUUUAUUCUGUUCAUAUUUUAACUGUGUAUGUUUAGAUUUUUUUAUUAUACAUAUUUUAAAGCA